AUGUCUGACGAUAAAGAGCUCCAACAACUUCUGGAGCUUUUCCAGAGCGAUGAUCCACAAAUAAAUGAGCGCAGAAAAGAGGUCCUCAAAACGGUAAGAGAAAACGACGUUUCCUCGUUUCCCUCUGACCUCUCACUCAUGUCGGCUUUCGACGAUGUGCUAAUGUGUUUCAGUUUGGGUGGACAAAUCAAGAAUAUUUACAGAUACGGCUCUUACACGACGUGUGAAGCACAACGGAAGAAGGUCUGGUUCGCCAUCUGGAAUGGUUCCUUCAGUGAAAAGGAAAUGGACGUUGAAAAACUUGCAGCUGAUUCUAGAGAGCUCGAGCGCAGACAGAAAAUCCAGGAGUUCUACAAGCAGACGCUUCUAGACAAGAAGGCUCAGGGGCUGUCGGAAGAUAUCUGGGACGAGAGAAAGGAGCUUUUGACGAAGCCAUUCAUGGAACAGCCACUGCCUGCAACGUUCCAGGAAUAG